GCAUUCAAGACAGACCACUUGUGCUCAUCCAAGCGCAUGCAAGAAUCCGCGCAGAUGCGUUUGUAUUGCUGAUCUUAUGUGCAUUCAGUGGUGUGAAUUUUUAAUAAACGUUGGGCGUGUCUUCGAGCAGUUUGCCAGAAGUUAAAACCUUCAUUAAAAGUCUUCACAUUUGUGAUGACUCAACGAGGGUAAGCCAUGGCCAGCUGCAACAAAGAUCAUUUGAUAUGCCCAAUAUGCAUUGAUACGAUUAGCCAUGCUACUUUACUCAAUUGCGGUCAUACCUUCUGUCGGGUCUGCCUAGAAGAACUCUAUGAUCAGCACGGAGCGAACUUAUCAUGUCCGGUGUGCCGUGCAAAGACAAGGUUAACUGCAAAGGGUGUUCAUGGACUUCCACCAAAUGUCAUCAUCAACGGUCUCGUGGCUGACCUCAUCAAACCAUCUCGUGAUUCAGCCAAAGCUUGCCGCCUUCACAACGAUCACGAGAAGGAAUUGUUCUGCGAGGAAUGCAAAGUGCACAUAUGUGUCAGGUGUUUGGUAUCAGAGCACCUGAACCACCCAAUGAAACCGAGGGAAGUGUUCGAGAGAGAAAUCCAGGAAAAGGUUGACUGUCUUAUGCAGCGUGGCCAGGCGAAGAAAGCAGACAUGGAGAUGAUAAUCACAUCUACUGUGGCACCUAGACAAGAAGUCGCCACUGCAGUUGAAAAUUUGGAGAGGUAUAUCAAGUACGCAUUUUCCACGAAGGUGAGGAUUUUGAAGGAAAAUGAAGCCUCCUUGCUUGGGGAAGUAUGUUUGUUGCUCGGAAACUACGACCGCAGCAUUAGUGACCUGACAAUGCCAUAUAAACAAGCUGUUGAGGAUAUUAAUCGUGCCUUGGCGGUCAUCACUGUUGAUGCUCCAGGAAGCUUGGAAGCAGACAAGCUGGCAAGUCAUACCAUGGUUUGCAAUGACCUGGAUGAACUCCUCAAUGAAAACAUUGAAGACAUUGAUGCUGAUCUUGUAGAAAGUGCCAAAGAUGCUGCGAUGGAUACAGAAUUCCACCCAGUAAGGGAUGUGCAGCUGAUGACUCUUGGUAUUAUCAAGAUCAAGAAGAAGGUCAAAGUCCUGAGGGAAGUUCAGCUGCCUUGUAUGGUUGAGGGGAUGACAGCAGGAUCGCAUAACACAGUUCUGGUUGGAUAUGGGUCCUGGCUGUCUGGGUAUGAUACGUAUGGUGUUACAGAGCACAAUGAUAAAUGCAAAUUCAAGCAAGGGGACAGAGUGGAGGCUAUACGUCUCGAUGGUAGUGAUGAUGAUGACGAUGAUGAAAUUCCUAUAAUUGAUGAUGAUGACGAUGAUGAACUUUCUAUAAUUGAUGAUGAUGACGAUGAUGAAAUUUUUUCUAUAAUUGAUGAUGAUGACGAUGAUGAAAUUCCUAUAAUUGAUGAUGAUGACGAUGAUGAAAUUCCUAUAAUUGAUGAUGAUGACGAUGAUGAAAUUCCUAUAAUUGGGGUCCAGAGCAUAGAGGAAGAGGACAAUAGGGAAGUGUGGGAUAUUGCAAAACUAUCCAGUGGUGAGUUGGCCAUAUCCCACGGAACUCACUCUGUUGCCAUCUACCUAGAUCGUCCAACGCAUUCCAAGUACCAAUGUACAAAUGUAGGUUAUGCAUGCCAGAUAUGCACUGACCAAGCCAACUGUGUCUAUGUCGUCAACGGGAAGCCAGAUGUAGCCAUCUUUCAGGUCGGUCGUACGGUGAACUCGCGACGUAUCAUCCGCACUAAUGAACUCUGCCCUCGACAGGUGUCGGUUACAAGCAAUGGAGUCAUCAUUGUUUCCACAUGUGACAUCACACCGAGCACCGUGACCGUCUUUGACAAGAAUGGCACAGUCCGAUCUUCCUUGAAGGGGACCGAUGAUAAGGAAACUCUGUAUGCUGCAGUAGAUUCCAGAGAUCAGGUACUGAUCGCCCGCAUUAGGCAGGGUUCUACGAUACUCAAAAUGUCCACCUACAUUCUACAAGGUUAUGAGCUGAAGGAGAAGGUCAAGUUUGAUGACGUUGAGCUUCCUUUAGAGGUGUACUCUUCGCUUGGCUCACUGUGCCACCUGGUAAGUCUAACGCCAGAGCUGUUUGCCUUUGCUCAUUUCGAUAGUUUGGUAUUCUUCAAGGUACCAGUCUAAAAGGCACCAGUGUAUGUGGCACCUGUGUAAAAGUCACCGGUGUAAAAGGUGACUUCAUUGAUGAGUGGAUAAAAGGUGCGACCAUGGGGUUUCAAAAAACACCCUAAACAAGUAUUUUCCAUAUUCUGAAAAUGCAUCCCUUAACAAGUAUAGGAAUCUAAACGGUAACCUUGACAAGUAUUCCCUGAAUUGACCCCCUAAACAAGUACAGCAAUAUUUUAAUUGUUAUGUCACGAACGUCGGCUUUACCAUUAAUACCGUCCCAUCUCCCACUCCCACCUUGCUAAAAUCGGACCCUAAACACAUAAUGUUGGGGCAGAAAGUACAUCCUUUAUAAAGCAUUUUAGUCUUUAUACCCUCGUAAAUUUGACCAUAAACACGUACAUGUAGCUUUCCAGUGAAAUAUAUACCUUUGUUUUUGACAUCCCUAGUAUGUACGUAACUUGCCCAAUCUGGUAUCCACUCACCAAUGGAUGGCCCCUGGGUGUUUAUUGAAGUAUUCUGUAUGUCACAGUAAUUCAAUGAUUGUGCUGCCAUACCCUAUCAGAUUAAUGUACAUACUUUUAUUCCUUUGUUUGAUUUGGGGAAUUACAGACAAGUCAAGGGCCCCUGUUUUACAAAAACUUGCGAUUGAUCCCAUCAGUCACAGUCAUAAUUUUUCAUACACUAAAUUGGCAACGUGUCCCUUUGUAAACAAAGAAGAGCACACUAAUUGUCAAGACAACGAUGGACGCUUGAAUAUACACGUACCUGGGUCCCGUAACACAAAGGUUAGUGACAACGAACGUAGAGGGCAGUAUGUGUGUUGCUGCCCUCUAUAUUCGUUGGUUAGCGAUUAAUUUUCACUGUUGAUUGUACAUUGUAGUCAAUGCAAUUAAUCGUAGAAAAAUGUUCUGCGAUCAUUAAUUGCUCUAAAGCUUUGUGUUACGGCUGUAUUUAGAAAUCAUUUUGGGUACGUAUAUGCAGUUUAGAUGUUCGGGUGUUGUUGGCUUUCCAUAGUUAUGUUUGAUUGGAUCAAUCACAACUCUUUGUAUUAAGACGGGGCCCAAGGUCCGUUGCAGAAAGACUUGCAAUCAAUCGCAACUCAAAAAAUCAUCCGCAACUCGAUUUUCAACCAAUCAAAAGCGCGCAUUUGGGACUUGCGCUUGAUUUUUUGGCUUGCGCUUAAAUGCAACUCUUUCUGCAACGGGCCCCAGGAGAGAUAAAGGAAAAACAGCAAUUACAUUGGCCCGUAUUCUGAAGUCGGGUUUAACUUAAACUCAGGUUUAAAGUUGUGGUUUAAGUAUGGACAGCCAAUUGUUACAUAAAUCACUAACAGUAGGGAUAUAAUAUUUCAGCUCAUUUGGCUCCCAAAUCAUUCAUGAUUGUCUAGGAAGUAUAUAUAAAUUAUUGUCUUCACCAUCGAUGAAUCAGGAAAGAGCACAGCAAACAUAAGAAAUGUACAACUUAAUAAAAAAAUUUGAUACUUAUGGCUGUCCAUACUUAACCACAACUUUAAACCUGAGUUUAACUUAAACCUGACUUCAGAAUACAGGCCAUUAUGUUUACCAUUUGUUUGUAAAAUAUAGGAAUUUAAUCUAUAUUUUUGCUUGUAAAAUAAAGCAAUAUAUCUUCUAGGUAUUGGAAUAAAUUUGACUUCAUAACUUUACACAUAUAUCAUGCUCUCUGAGGAGUGAAAAGGAGAUUGUUUUUUGUGCAAUUCUAUGGAAACUGAUAUAUAUUUUUUUAUUUUAUAGUUCUUUAUUGAAAAGAAGGCUGUUCUAGAUGACAUGAAUAAUAGAACAACAUUGGGUUAACUUAAAGAUUUUUUUUUGUAAGAAAGAAAUAGAAUUUAAUGUAUGCAUCUUAUUCAUGUAAUAGAAAAAAUAUGAAUAUUAGAAAAAAUAUAUUGUAGUAUUAGACGUGAUCACAGAUUCAAAUAAAGAUUAGAUGUUCUUUUAAAAGUGAUAAUUCAAUGAAAAUGAACAAUGAACAUUUGGUCUUUUUUCUGAAAAUUAUUUUUGAAAUAUGAUGAUAAGUGAUCAAUAAUUUAAUUGACUUUCAGGGAAGUGAAAAUAUGCUUUUAUUUUCUUGUGUUCUAUACAAACCACUUCAUUACCAAGGUACAAACACUAUAACUCAUGUGUGAAUUGGAAUUUUACUGAAAAAAUAAUAAAUUUUAUCCUUCCAUAUC